GCAGAUCAGUGAGUGGCUAUUGGAGCUCUCUCGUGGCAUGUGCUCCUCCAAGCGCACUAGAAGACACGCUGCCAGCUCGGAGGUGCCCCAGUACGGAGAUGAAGGGAGAGCAGACCCGGGAGAACCUGGAGAAGUGCUGUUAGAAAGCUGGACCGAGCUAACCGAGGGAUGCUGCGCGGAGUUUACGUUCAUCUCGGUUUCUGAAGGGAUUUAUUGCUGAAAUCAAUGAAGGACAGUCAGAAGCUCCCUGCAGUGUCCGAAAUGGAUGCCAGUCAGAGUGUGAAGUGUAAGAUUGUGGUGAUUGGGGACUCUCAGUGUGGGAAAACGGCUCUUCUGCACGUUUUUGCGAAAGACUGCUUUCCAGAGAACUACGUCCCCACCGUCUUUGAGAACUACACAGCCAGCUUUGAAAUCGACUCUCAGAGAAUUGAGCUCAGUCUGUGGGACACUUCAGGCUCACCUUACUACGACAACGUGCGGCCCCUCUCCUACCCCGACUCGGACGCGGUGCUCAUAUGUUUCGACAUCAGUCGACCAGAAACCCUGGACAGUGUGCUGAAGAAGUGGAAAGGAGAAAUCCAAGAAUUUUGCCCCAAUACCAAGAUGCUGUUAGUGGGAUGUAAAUCAGACCUGCGCACAGACCUCACCACCUUAGUGGAACUUUCAAAUCACAGGCAGACACCAGUUUCAUAUGAUCAGGGUUCAAACAUGGCCAAGCAGAUUUCAGCCCCCUACAUCGAGUGUUCUGCGCUGCAGUCGGAGAACAGCGUGAGGGACAUCUUCCACGUAGCCACGCUGGCCUGCGUCAACAAGAACAACAAGAACGUCAAACGCCACAAGUCUUCCAGAGCUACCAAGAGGACUUCCCACAUGCCCAGCAGACCCUACCUGGAAGCAGUAAACUCGGACAUGCGGAAGGAUAAGGCCAAGAGCUGUACGGUCAUGUGAGCUGCCUGGAGACCAUGUGGUUUACAUUAGCUUUGGAGGUGAGGACAAGAGGGUUGAGACAUGGCCACCUUCACCCUCUAGAGCAGCUCAAAUAAGCAGUGAGGAUUGGAGGAUGAUGUCAUGUCACUUUAUGUCCUCCACAGUGGCCCAUUCUGCCCCACCUGAAUUAAGCUAGCCAAGAACAAAAUAGAAUCAAACGCUGGAGAAACUUUUUGCAAAGCUCACGCUAAUGUAAGUGCUUGGAACCCUGAAAAGAAAUUUCAAAUAACUUGAAGGGAGAGGAUAGCAUGGUGACAUAAGUCAGUCCUCUUUCUCUUAGCUCAAGGAAACGGCACGAUAUUUGAAGUUCAGGUCGAGGACCUUCAUGGAGAAUGUGUAUGUUGUUGCAUAUUUUGUAGUCAGAAGGAAAAUGUGAAAAGUAGUUUGAAGGAAAGUCACAUUGGACGUCUCUUGCAGAAGACAAGACAACAGAAGGCACUUAAAUGGAGGAACCAUGUGACGCAAACACUGUGGCUAAACCUGCCUUUUUAUUUGUUAUUGGUUUUUCCAUGUUCUUGUUACUGCCUUGAUGAACUGCUCAGAUAUAUGUGUGUCGGUAGGUGGAAGCUUCUUCAUGUUUCCAAACGUUAUUUGUUGAGAUGCUAACCUCAAAACAUUAGCUGUUCUUGUGGGUUUCUUUCUUUUUUUUUGAAAAAGCCAAAGAGGUGUCAAAGUCAAGCUUCAGAGUCGUAGCCGCGAGGUUUCAUGUUUGGACUCCUGUGCUUGUGUGCGGUCUUCAGUGUUUGAUUAUGUUGUUGGUGGUAGUUCUGGUAGUUCUUGGCUUGAGGACAUAUCAACAGACCUGGUAGCAUGGAUCCAGAUAUUAGUACUGUUUUGAAGCCUCAACUCCAGUGCCUCCAUAUGUGUUUGUUGAUGUACCCCAAGCUUAUCACGGCCUGGAGCUUCAGUAUUGCUGGACUUGGUACAAGGAGAGUUCCUAAUACCUCUUCAUAAUCCAUCAGCAUUUGGAACUGCUAGAGAGUAAUCUCAGCUAUGCAAUACGCUGACUCUGGCCCAUAUCAGCGAUUGGAAGAAAAAACAGCUGGCCUGGGGAAAUAAGUGCAUCCUCGUCUGGUGCUGACAGUUGAAGGACCUGCAAGAUUGAUAGUCAUACCGAUUUGUUGGAGCAGUCAAGAAGAUAAAUUCCUCUUGGAAUAAAAUGGUCAAAUACAUGUUUACCAUUUGAAUCCCAGUCCACAUCAAAAAGAAAGUUUUCACCAGAUGAAAUGGUGCCGUAAAUCAGAGAUGGUGGAAUUCUUAUUUUACAACGCUUUGGCCAUAAGCUCAGUCACAACCUUCACUGCAACUCUGUUCAUUCUUAAUCAUAAUGAAACAUGAUUUCUUAUAAAACUGGAGUCAUCUGUUAAAACUACUCUCAUUGGUGCCUCAGUUCUCCCAGACAGUGUUGCGGCUAUAUGCCCUAAUUUAAAACCUUGUGUUAGCUGUAUAGCGUUCGACCUUUUUUGAAUGUUGGAAUCCAUAUUUCUAUGUCUGUAAUGAUGAUGUUUCUGCAAUAUUUAUUGAAGUUAUAUUUUUUUCUUUGAAAAUAAAAUGCAGUGUCACAGUA